GAAGAACCAAGUUUUAACCACAAACAUUUGGCUACAAAUGUCUUGGACAGAUCACUAUUUGCAGUGGAAUAUGUCAGAGUAUCCAGGCGUGAAGACUGUUCGCUUUCCAGAUGGCCAGAUUUGGAAGCCAGAUAUUCUUCUUUAUAAUAGUGCUGAUGAGCGAUUUGAUGCUACAUUCCACACUAAUGUUUUGGUGAAUUCCUCUGGACACUGCCAGUACCUCCCUCCAGGAAUAUUCAAGAGCUCCUGCUACAUUGAUGUUCGCUGGUUCCCCUUCGACAUGCAGCAGUGCAAACUCAAGUUUGGGUCCUGGUCUUACGGAGGGUGGUCCCUGGAUUUGCAGAUGCAGGAGGCGGACAUCAGCGGCUACAUCCCAAAUGGAGAAUGGGAUCUUGUGGGAAUCCCAGGCAAGAGGAAUGAAAAGUUCUAUGACUGUUGCAAAGAGCCAUAUCCAGAUGUUACUUUCACGGUGACCAUACGGCGCAGGACCCUCUACUAUGGCCUCAACUUGCUCAUCCCCUGUGUACUCAUCUCUGCCCUGGCUCUGCUGGUGUUUCUGCUGCCUGCAGACUCUGGAGAGAAAAUCUCCCUGGGAAUAACGGUUUUACUGUCACUUACUGUCUUCAUGCUGCUUGUGGCUGAAAUCAUGCCUGCAACAUCGGAUUCAGUGCCAUUGAUUGCCCAGUAUUUUGCCAGCACCAUGAUUAUCGUUGGUCUCUCUGUCGUUGUAACAGUAAUAGUGCUACAGUACCACCACCAUGACCCUGAUGGAGGCAAGAUGCCCAAAUGGACCAGAAUUAUCCUCUUGAACUGGUGUGCUUGGUUUCUGCGAAUGAAAAGGCCAGGAGAAGACAAAGUGCGCCCUGCCUGCCAGCACAAGCAGCGCCGCUGCAGCUUGGCCAGCGUGGAGAUGAAUGCCAUGGCUGGGCCACCCACCAGCAAUGGGAACCUGCUUUAUAUUGGCUUCCGUGGCCUGGAUACCAUGCACUGUGCUCCUACACCCGACUCUGGGGUUGUGUGUGGACGCAUGACCUGCUCUCCCAUGCAUGACGAGCACCUCCUGCAUGGUGGACAGUCAGCAGAGGGGGAUCCAGACCUAGCCAAAAUUUUAGAGGAGAUCCGCUACAUUACCAACCGCUUCCGCAGUCAGGAUGAGAGUGAGGUCAUCUGCAGUGAAUGGAAGUUUGCUGCCUGUGUGGUUGACCGUCUUUGCCUCAUGGCCUUCUCUGUCUUCACGAUCAUCUGCACCAUUGGCAUCCUGAUGUCUGCCCCCAACUUUGUGGAAGCUGUAUCCAAAGAUUUUGCUUAGCUUGUUCUAUACA